AUGAAGGAGCUGGUGACUUGGUUGCUCUCAGCUUGGAUGGUAUGGGAAGCAGUUGGGAGCACUGCACGCCUCCACAAAGCAAACAACCAGGAUGGCAGAUGCAUCUAUUCCUUCACAGUCCCCAGUGCAAAUGAAGCCAGCUGCACUGACCCUGGGGAAGUGAUGGCCAUUAUCAGGGAUCUCCAGAGGGAAAGCAACAGCCAGCGCCUGGAACUGGAGUCCUCCAAAGCAAGGCUCAGUCUCCUGGAGACCCUGGUCAGCCAGCUGCAUGGAAACCAAGCAGCAAGGAGUUCCUCCUCCUCUGUGGUGAGUUUGCUUCAAAAAGAGGUAGAGAGUCUGAAGAGAGAACAAGCCCAGAGGGACACACAGGUCAGCAGGUUGGAAUACACCAUCAGCAACCUGCUCCAAGACAAGUCUGACUUGCAAGAAGAUAAGAAGUGGCUGGAGGAAGAGAGGAAUGAGCUGGGAAGGAGGUUGGAGAACACCAUGCAGGAGGUGGAGCGGCUGAGAGCCAGCCACUGUCCCCAGGCGGGAGAGGCACCCAGCAGGGACUCCCUUCAAGGUACUGUAGAAAUUAAAGCUGCCGCCCCCCCCCCGCUCAGUCACCCUUUUUUCCUAAAUCAAAAUGCAUGUCUUUUAGCCUUUCCUCAUAGGAAGGAAGGAAGCUUCAAACCCUUCGUAAUUUUAAUUGACCUUUCCCAACUGCAGUGGGAUGCCAUUUUGUGAGCUGGAGGGGAGGGGAGGUGACCAGGCCUGCCCAGCCUCAAUCGCAUUUCAUCUGAGGUUUUUAUGGCAUGUUGUUUUGUGUUCAAUCUGUUUCUCAACUCUUCCUGAGCCUCUGCAGUCAGACCUCCUGGCCUAGUCCUGGAUGGAGUAUGUUUACUGCAAUGACAGACAUCUAUACAAAAUGUGAGUGAUGGUUACUUAGAGAUGAGAAAUCGUGGGGCCUAGGUGCUUCUCGCCUGUCCCUGGCACAGAGCCAUGUCCUUCCCACUUGUCUCCAACUCUUUCAACAGACGAAAUGCCAGGGAGCAUCAAUGAACAUUCCCAUCUCACGAAUGGAAUAGCAGCAGCCCCAGGCAUUAAAGGCUUCCUGCAAGCAGUGUGUCACCCUGUUGGUGCUGCUAAAUGCCUUGUGCUUUGCAGAAAGGCCUGUCCCAUUGAGUCAUGUUCCCCCAGUGGUAGAGUAAUCCAUGGGUGACCUCAAGAAGGUAUCUGAAUGAGGCUAAAUGGUUCUCACGGGCCUCUUUCCAGGUUUGCUUAGCACAAGGCUGGGCUUUUUACAGGCCUUUGCACCGUUGCCCCUAUCACAGGGUGGCAGAAAUAGGGGGGUGGGGGUGGAAUGAAUAUAGAAACUGGGAUCUGGUGUCUGUCAGGGAAUAUUUUUAGAGUGGGAUGCCUCCGGAGCAAAAGUAGAGCAUCAUUAGCAUUUCAGGACAUAUCAGUCAGCAAGCUGGAAAAUAAUUAUGCUACUCAUGAGCAACAGUUUCCAUCAAGGUAGUGGGGGGUCAGGCCAAAAAGCUUAUGUCUCCUUAGAGAAAGGGUGCCUGAGAUUAGGAGACCUGCCAGUGACUACAGAAAGAAAAGAGAGGCCCAGCUAGCCUUUUUGUUUGGUUCUGGGGGUAGUUUCCAGAAGAGCAGAUAGCUCAGUGAGACUCUUAAUUUCAGGGUUGUGGGUUUGAGCCCGCAUUGCCGGGGGUUAGACUAGAUGACCCUCGUGAUCCCUUCCAGUGCUACACUUCUAUUUUUAUUAUUAUUCGGAGUGAGGGGAUAACUGAAAUGACAAUGAAACCACUGGAACUUCAACCGCUGCUGAUUUUGUUUAAUUGAAGUAAAAAAUGAAUGAAAUCUCUAAUAAGGGAUUUAUUACUAGCAGAAAAAAAAAAGAGAGAGAGAGAGAGAGAGAGAGAGAGAGAGAGAGAGAGAGAUGAAGUACAUCUGAGCGCAUUUGGAGUGUGGCUGGUAUCCAAUGCCCUCACUAUAUGAGUGCAAGGAUUUAUGCACUAACAAAAAAAUUAAUGCUAUAUUGGACACAAGCUUAAAAUUUCAUCAACACCAAGUGGCCUUUCUGAGCUUCCACAUUUCAGGAAGCAGCAAGGCUUCACCUCUCCUUUUUCUUACCUUGGCGGUAAGAAAUAAAUUGGUUUCUUGAAUCCACUGCUAGUCCCUUUAAAGUGGAGAAAGACUGCUUUAAAUGAAUCUGGCCAAGGAAAGUGGUAGGACACCACUUGUUUGAUUCAAUGCCUCACAAAUCAGAAGCAAUGUUCAGUAAAUAGCUGACAUAAUUUAAUCUCCCCUUGAAUAACUUCAGUGACCCACAAGGACUUUUGACUGCUCAGAGAACUUCUCUUCCCUUCUCUCUCCUCUCCUCCCCAGCCCUGUAGGCCUAUAGCUGGAGGGGGGCUGCUCCCCUAAAUUUUCUCUUCGUUUCCUAUUUUCUUUACACGCAAUGUUAUCAUCAGGAAAGCCUUUGUUUCAAAGCUCCUUGAUGGCAGACUCCUCCUUUCCGUCCCCUUGGCCUUCCGGGUGUUAAUUUUUCUUCUUGCCCUCUCCUUCCCUGCUUUCCUCUGCAGAGUCCAAGGGGAACACAGACACUCUGGACUACCAAGAGCUCAAAUCGGAGCUGGUGGAGGUUCCUGCAUCCCGCCUCUUUCAGGGAAGCCCCUCGCCUGGCCUCCCCAGCGCAGAGGGGGAAGAAUCAGGUACAGAGCGCUCUUGGGCAGGGGCUGGGUUCCCUUGCUUUGCUCAGUGCUGGCUCCUGCCCAUCUUUGUAGCACUAGUGAAAGAAUCUCGCCCAAGACACCUUGUUUGGGACAGCCUCCCUUUCAGCCAGCUUUCCACCAGUCCAAAGUGAAACUCUCCCUUGUCAGUUUGCCCCUUCAGAAGUGCCAGCUAGUCCUGAAAAACCACCUCUGACUGCCAGACUCCCAUAGAUUACCUGUUUCCUUCCUUUAUAAACAAACCUGGCCUGUGUGUGGAACACUACAUGGAACCCCAAAUCAGAGUGAGCAUCUAUUUGAGUCUCCAUAGAAAGUUGGAGAACACAUAGCCAGAAAAUAAUUAUGGCUAUUCUUCAUCAGAACGAAAUGUUGAAAUGUUACACCCAUUUAAGAACAAGAACAAGAAAGCUGAUAUACAAAGUCCCAAACCAUUUUUUGUGGGUGAAGUGGAAGCAAAAUUGAAGGAUAUUCACUAAAUUAGAGGCAGCCACCUCCAACUGACACCACUACAAAUUUAUUCAGAACUUUUAAAAUGAAAAGGUUUUGAUUUUGAGACACAGCUUUCUCAUGCAGUUUCAAAACCUAGGGGAACUUAUCUCUUAUUCCUCAUUCUCUAUCCCAUUGCUAAGUAGAAUAAUCAGCGGCAAGAGGCAGAAAUUCCCAGAUUCAGCCUUUCCCAACUCUCUAAUUAUUAUUUUUUGUAUUUUGGGGGAAUUUAUAUCCAGCCUUUUGCAUACAUUUUUAAGUAGCAGGAAUGAGAAAGAGGCCUUGGAAAACUGCUGGCCGUGAAAGUAGAAUAUAUAUAUAUAUUUUAAAAAACCAGUAUUUGUUUUAAUGAUGUUUAAACAUGGAGAUUCUUGAAAUAUUAAGCCAUUUAAUAGAUAACCCACCCAGGUUGGUCUAAGGCAACUAUAGACAUCCAUUCAUGCUCUCCACUGGUAAAAAGAUGACUGCCUUCCAAGUUAGAGUGAUCACCUGUGGAUGCCGUCUGGUACAGAGGCACAGCCAGAGGUUGGCAAAAUGCUCUCUUUGUGGGUCUGACCCCCAAGCUACAGUUGGGGCAGAAUUCUUCAGCCCAAUUACCAACACCCAGCUGGCUCAGAGCUCUGCACUGGCUACCGAUUUGCUGCUGGGCCAAGUUCAAGGUAUUAUUAGCAUAUAAAGCCCUUGAACGCUAAGGGAGCAGUUUACCUACGAGAUUAACUUCCCCCACAUGCUCCCACUUGACGGCUUCGAUCAGUGGAAUUGACACGUAGCACCUCUUCCCCAUUGGUAAGAAUGUGAUUGUUGAGUGUGGCAGCACCUGCACUUUGGAACCCCCUUCCUACAACAUUCCUCUUAGAGAAGCCUGCUCAGAUGCUUAGAAAGUUGAGGUAAUUUUAAUCUGUUUUAGUGUUUUAAAUUUUGUAUGAUUUAAAGCAGGGUUGUAAGCUUCCUUGAUUUUUUACUUUUUACAAUCAAGUGGUGUAUAGAUUUUAUGAAGCAAGCAAACAAAUGUAUAAAAUGCCUUUGGAUUGGGGCACACGGUAAAAUAGCAUAUUUGAAGAGUAGUCCCCCUCCCCCCCCCCAAUCUCAAGUUCAAAUUCUGCCGUAGGGUGAAGUAACUGGCUUACUUAUUUCCUGGAACAGGCUGUGGAGUGCUCAUAUCAGUUGGUGAACCAGUGACCUUCCGCAGGGCAGAGACCAUUGCUGGCAAGUAUGGCGUGUGGAUGAGGGACCCAGAACCCAUCUCUCCCUACAGCCGAGAGACAACUUGGAGAGUUGAUACCGUUGGUUCAGAUGUCCGCCAAGUCUUUGAGUACAACAAUGUGGAUCAGUUCACCAAAGGCCACCCUUCCAAAGUACAUGUGCUGCCCCGAUCUAUGGAGAGCACUGGAGCUGUUGUUUAUCGGGGUUCCCUCUACUUUCAGAUGCGCAAGUCUAGAAUAAUGGCAAAAUAUGACCUGAAGACAGAAGUUAUUACGGUCCAAAAGGAGUUACCCAAUGCCGGCUACCACGGACAGUUUCCCUACUCAUGGGGUGGAUAUACAGACAUUGACUUUGCAGUUGAUGAGAUGGGGCUGUGGGUAAUUUACAGCACUGAAAAGGUAAAGGGGGCCAUUGUGCUUUCUAAACUGGACCCAGAGACCAUAGAGAUUGAACAAACAUGGGAAACCAACAUCCGCAAGCAGUCAGUGGCAAACGCCUUCAUGAUUUGUGGCUCCUUGUACACCAUCAGCAGCUACUCAUCCCCUGAGGCCACUGUGAAUUUCAUCUACUCCACUAAGACAGGAACGAGUGCACCACUGAACAUCCGCUUUGAGAACCGCUACAGAUACAGCAGCAUGGUAGAUUACAAUCCCACAGAAAGAAAACUCUUGGCUUGGGACAACUUCAAUAUGGUUGCCUAUGAUAUCAAGCUUUCCAAGAUGUGA